AUGUUCAAGAAAGUGAAAAGGAGAACACAGGGGCGUCGUAACUUUGAUGAUUCGGUGACUAUGAUACAGGGUCCAGUUGAAGAAACUAUUCUUCGAGAAUAUCCUGAUCGUAUCUCAUUCUACAAGUUACCCCCUCUAACUGAGAUAACCCUAGACGAAUUCGAGACGUAUGCGAUAGAUCGGUUGAAGAUUUUGAUAGAGAUCAACAAUUUGCAGAGUCAGGGCACAAAGUACAGCGACCUGGUCAAACUUAUGACCGAGAGACUGAAGGUUUUGGUUCCGAUGCAUCCUUUGAACACCAUCGAACCAGAACUAUUGUUGGAGGAGAGACGUAAAGACCACUAUUCGCACUUUAUCUUACGGUUGGCCUUCUGUAGAAGCGAAGAGCUUAGGAGGAAGUUUGUCAGCUCCGAGACUUUCUUGUUCAAAUUGAGAUAUUCACAACUUACAAAACUAGAGAGACAGCAGUUUAUCAACAAAUUAGAGUUUGUUUGGGCGGAGGUUUCAGAAAAUGAGAAAAACACUUUGAGGAAAGAGCUCAUUGCAACACAUUAUAAUGAUGUAGCACAAGGUCUGAAACAAGGAACUCUUAGCGGUUCAUCGGAGUAUAACCAGCGGAAACUGCUUGAUGAAAGAGAAGUUUGGAGAUGUUUGCAAAACGAAAAAAUAAGUAAGCUUCCAUGGGAUGAUGUUCCGGAUCUAGUAUCACAACGUAAAGUUGUUUUACAUAAAGGUUAUGCAUAUGUGCCCGAAUUUCUACAAAUGAAUUUGUUGGCCAACGAGUUUUCCAAAUUUCUGGAAUCACAAUUAUUAGAGACUCUCAAACUACUCCCUGGUCUAGAUGAAGACGAGAGAUUGAUACCUAUUCUUGAUAAUCUGUCUAAAGGUUAUGUUAGUAGUGAGUUCCAAGCGUUUGAUGAAUCUGUCGAAAACGACUCCGAGAUAAAUGCAAUGAAUGUCAAACAAUUUGAAAAGUACUUCCCAGCGUGUGGUCAUCGUUUGAUGGAAGGCUUGGAGGAGCACCACCAUUUAAGAUUCACAGCAAGGCAGCAAUUAACCAUGUUUCUUAAAGGUAUAGGAUUAGGGCCUAGCGAAGCUUUAAAGUUCUGGCAAAUGAUGUUUACCAAUGGGCCUGGCACCAUGACUGUGGAUAAGUUUAACAAGGAAUACAAGUAUAAUUUCAGACACAGCUAUGGUUUAGAAGGUGCACGAAUCAACUACAAACCGUGGGGAUGUUCUAUGAUCAUGUCCAAACCCAAACCUACCAAGCAAGAGUACCAUGGAUGUCCAUACCGUGAUUUGAAUACUGACAAAUUGACCUCCUUGUUGAGGAAAAUGGGAAUGAGUGAUGAUGCAAACAUGCAGAAAGUUGUUGAGCUGAGUGAUGCAAGAGAAUAUCAGGGUGCUUGCACCAAGGUUUUUGAAGUUUUGAAUGCUAAAAACAUUCAAGCAAACAUGACUAAAGGCUUGAAUGUCAUGGAAACACCAAUAACGCAUCCAAAUGAUUACUUUAACAGGGGACUACUCUAUGAAACUCGUCUGAAAGACCAUUGA